AGCAGCAGAGAGUUCUGAGCCCGACUAUAAAUACUCGCCCAAGGAAACAGUUGCGGUUUAAAGCGGUAGAAGAAUGAGAGAGGAACACGCAGGGUUAUCAUCUAAAACAACCUGGAGAUACAGGCACUCAUAUAGUGAUUAUUCAUACUCGUUGAUAGGUUGGAUAUAGCCCAAACAUGGCCACUUCAUCCAGUUCCAAGCUGAGCAAAGCUGUGAAACAGCAGUACAUGGCGCUCCCUCAGGGAAACACGGUUCAGGCCAUGUACAUCUGGAUUGAUGGAACCGGAGAGGGAUUGCGGUGCAAGACUAGGACUCUAGACUCAGAACCCAAGACCAUUGAAGAACUCCCUGAGUGGAACUUUGAUGGCUCUAGCACAUAUCAGUCUGAGGGAUCCAACAGUGACAUGUACCUGAUCCCUCAAGCCAUGUUCAGAGACCCCUUCAGGAAGGACCCCAACAAACUGGUCUUGUGCGACGUUCUCAAAUACAACCACAAACCUGCGGAAACCAAUCUACGUAGGACAUGUAAAAAGGUCAUGGACAUGGUGCAAAACCAGCAUCCUUGGUUUGGAAUGGAGCAGGAGUACACAAUUCUCGGCACAGAUGGUCAUCCAUUUGGUUGGCCCUCCAAUGGUUUCCCUGGUCCUCAAGGUCCAUACUACUGUGGUGUGGGAGCUGAUAAGGCCUAUGGACGUGAUGUUGUUGAGGCCCAUUACAGAGCCUGUCUGUAUGCUGGAGUAAAAAUCUGCGGUACCAAUGCUGAAGUCAUGCCUGCACAGUGGGAAUUCCAAGUUGGCCCUUGUGAGGGCAUUGAGAUGGGAGACCACUUGUGGAUUUCCCGUUUCCUCUUGCACAGGGUUUGUGAAGACUUCGGUGUUGUGGCUUCUUUUGACCCUAAGCCCAUCCCAGGCAACUGGAAUGGAGCUGGCUGCCACACCAACUUCAGCACCAAGGAGAUGCGUGAGGAAGGUGGUUUGAAACGCAUUGAGGAGGCAAUUGAUAGGCUGUCCAGGAGACACCAGUACCAUAUCCAUGCCUAUGAUCCUAAAGGAGGGCUGGACAAUGCCAGACGCUUGACUGGUCAUCACGAGACCUCCAACAUCAAUGAGUUCUCUGCUGGAGUGGCAAACCGUGGUGCUAGCAUUCGAAUCCCACGUUCUGUGGGCCAGGAAAUGAAGGGCUACUUUGAAGACCGCCGUCCUUCAGCCAACUGUGAUCCAUACGCAGUUACCGAAGCUCUUAUACGCACAUGUCUGCUCAAUGAAAAGGGUGAAGAGCCUGUGGAAUACAAGUGAAUAAUUGGACCAAACCAAUCAUAUUUCUACUCCCUUUGCUCUGCGAAGUGACAGAAGUGUCAUUUACUUUGAGUACUGAAUUAUUUUACUGCCACCUUGUUCACUGGUCUGUCUAAAACAAGGGAUGUAACUAGAUGAAUUGCUCACCUAUUUGUGGGUUGUCCUUAGAAAUGCACAUUGGGCCAGUUUGUCCCAUAUUUCUUAGCUUUCUCUCUACUGGUGUUUUCCUGUUUAUUUAGAAUUGAUUCAGUGGGUCCAAUGAUGCCAGAAUCUGGUAUCUGGCAGAAAUCUAGUUUCAUAGAGACUGAAGUUGCACCUAAGAUUACUACUUGGCCUUUAUAACUACAGACAUUCUUGUGUAUUGACCUGUUGUUUUAAGAUUUUUAUAAACUCACUGUAUACAUGCAUUUUAAGGCUUUUUGUUGUCAAUUUGAGAAUUUUAUUCACUGGUUUGUAUAUUUUGGUAUUCUUUCAGGGACCAACAUGCAUAGUUUAUACAGAUAUGGCUCUGUUUCUUGGUGUUCAAAGAGCAAUUUUUAUUAUUGCAAUUCCAGUCAUAUUUCAGAAAACAUGAAUAACUUGUCUCUAUACAUUAAAAACACUAAAGGAUUUGACUAAAA